AUGAUCAACCAUUCUAGUCUCAAUACUUUUUUUCCUGAUAGACCUAAGAUCACAUGCAUAAAUGCUAGUCCUACCUAUUUUUCUGUUCCAGUUCCAUUUCGUGAUCGGGAUGCGGAGUUAUCGCAGUUUGCUCCCCAUUUAACAAAAUUUCUGCGUCAGCAGUUAAUCGACCACAACAUUUUGGUUAUGAAUCAGACCGAUGGAUAUCGCUUCAAUCGUGCUUCUCUCAUUAAUGUGGGAUGGUUCGAGUCCGAUCGGAUGGGAUGUGACUAUAUGGUUAUGCAUGAUGUAGAUCUUCUCCCUCUUAAUCCACAGAUCAACUAUCACUUUCCUGGCGAUGGCAUUGUGAGGCACAUCUCUUCUCCAUCGUAUCAUCCAAAGUAUGUUAUCAGAAUAAUGUACUUGCUGUAGGA